AUGUCUGUCGUCGUUACCGCCGCCGACCACCUGGCCAACGAUGGUCGCAUCGAGUGGCUGGCCUCCCUCGAUACCGCCUAUACUCCCGAGCGAAACCUCCGAAGAACCUCGAUCAUCUGCACAAUCGGCCCCAAGACGAACUCGGUCGAGGCCAUCAACAAGCUUCGAAUUGCUGGUCUCAACGUUGUUCGUAUGAACUUCUCUCACGGCUCGUACGAGUACCACCAGUCUGUCAUUGACAAUGCUCGUGAGGCCGAGAGGGUCCAGCCUGGCCGCCAGGUUGCCAUUGCUCUUGAUACCAAGGGCCCCGAGAUCAGAACCGGUAACACUCAGGACGACGCCGAUCUCCCCAUCCAGGCCGGCACUAUCAUGAACAUCACCACUGAUGAGCAAUAUGCUACCGCUUGCGACACCAAGAACAUGUACGUUGACUACAAGAACAUCACCAAGGUCAUCGAGAAGGGUCGCAUCAUCUACGUCGACGACGGUAUCCUGGCCUUCCAGGUCGAGGAGAUUGUCGACGACAAGACCCUCAAGGUCAAGGCCCUGAACAGCGGCAUGAUCAGCUCUCGCAAGGGUGUCAACUUGCCCAACACCGACGUCGAUCUGCCUGCCCUUUCCGAGAAGGACAAGCAGGAUCUCAAGUUUGGUGUCAAGAACAAUGUCGACAUGGUUUUUGCAUCCUUCAUCCGAUCCGGCAAGGACAUUCGCGACAUUCGUGAGGUUCUCGGCGAGCAGGGCAAGCACAUUCAGAUCAUUGCCAAGAUCGAGAACCGACAGGGUCUCAACAACUUCCGCGAGAUCCUCCGCGAGACUGACGGUGUCAUGGUGGCCCGUGGCGACCUUGGUAUCGAGAUUCCUGCCGCCGAGGUGUUUGCCGCCCAGAAGAAGAUGAUUGCCAUGUGCAACUUGGCCGGCAAGCCUGUCAUCUGCGCUACCCAGAUGCUCGAGUCCAUGAUCAAGAACCCCCGUCCCACUCGUGCCGAGAUCUCCGACGUUGGUAACGCCGUUACCGAUGGCGCUGACUGUGUCAUGUUGUCCGGCGAGACUGCCAAGGGUCUCUACCCCGAGAAUGCCGUCCAGGAGAUGCACAAGACCUGUCUCAUGGCCGAGAACACCAUUCCCUACGUCGCCCACUACUACGAGUUGACCAAGAACAUCAAGCCCCCAGUGAGCGUUGUUGAGGCUUGUGCCAUGGAUGCCGUCAACUCGUCCCUCAAGCUCAACGCUGGUGGUAUUAUCGUCCUCUCCACCUCGGGUGAGUCGGCACGUCUGCUGUCCAAGUACCGCCCUGUCUGCCCCAUCUUCAUGGUCACCAGAAACGAGAGUGCCUCGCGGUACGCUCACCUGUACCGUGGUGUCUACCCAUUCUUCUUCCCCGAGCAGAAGCCCGACUUCAGCAAGGUCAACUGGCAAGAGGAUGUCGACCGACGCAUCAAGUGGGCUAUUGAGAACGCUCUGCAGCUUAAUGUCCUGUCCAGAGGCGAUACUGUCGUGGUCGUUCAGGGCUGGAAGGGUGGCAUGGGUAACACCAACACCCUGCGGAUAGUCAAGGCCGAGCCCGAGAACCUGGGUAUUGGUCAGCUGGAGUAA